GCAGCUUCUAUAAUACUGUUACCGGAGGAAGCACAUCCAUUCUCCUCUGCAAAGACUGAAGGAGUGAAGAAAACCCUAAAACCCUAGAAUUUCUGAAUUCAGCUAAGACAGUGUCUCCUUCGCGCACAGGAAGAGGAAUUCGAGGAAAAGAGGAGCCAAUGGACUUCGACGAGUACGAAUACCUGGAAAAGACAGUGGAGGAAGACGUAGAUUCCUCCAAGAAGAAGAAGGACAUCACGGACAAGAUCGAGAGAAGUUACCGGAAGCGCGACGUCGACGACGAUCUCCACGCCGACGACAGAAGGAGCAAGAGGAGGGGCGACGACGACAACGGUGGUUCCAAGAAAGAUCGCGACAGAGACAGGGAUAGGGACAGAGAACGGGAACGUGACCGUUCCUCCGGUCGUCACAGGAGCGAGAGGGAGAGAGAUGGAGAGAAGAAAGAGAGGGAUAAGGAUAGGGAGAGGAGGGAUAAGGAUAAGGACAAGGAUAGGGAUAGGAGAGAUCGUGAUAGGGAUAAAGAAAAGGAGCGCGAGAGAAGAGAGAGGGAUAGGGAACGAGAGGAGAGAGAGAGAUCCAGAAGGAGCGGGAGUCGCUCCGAGAGAGACAGAGACCGGGAGCGAGAUUUCGAAAUGCGCGAUGGACGGAGAUUUAGGGAUAAGAAAGAGGCCGUGGAACCCGAGGCAGAUCCAGAAAGGGACCAGAGAACUGUUUUUGCCUACCAGAUGCCAUUAAAAGCAACCGAGAGAGAUGUGUAUGAGUUCUUCUCAAAAGCUGGCAAGGUGAGAGAUGUUCGUCUGAUCAUGGAUAGGAACUCAAGACGAUCCAAAGGAGUUGGGUAUAUUGAAUUUUAUGAUGCAAUGUCAGUGCCAAUGGCUAUUGCUCUCUCUGGUCAACUUCUUCUUGGACAACCUGUAAUGGUGAAACCUUCUGAAGCUGAAAAGAACCUUGUUCAGUCUAACGCUUCUGGUGGAGUAGCUGGUGUAGCUGGUCCUUAUGGAGCUGUGGACAGAAAAUUGUAUGUGGGGAAUCUUCACUUCAAUAUGACGGAGAGUCAGCUACGGGAGAUUUUUGAGCCAUUCGGUCCUGUUGAGGUUGUCCAACUGCCUCUUGACUUGGAAACAGGCCACUGCAAGGGUUUUGGGUUUGUUCAAUUUACCCAUCUUGAACAUGCCAAGGCUGCUCAGAGUUUAAAUGGAAAAUUGGAGAUUGCUGGCAGGACUAUCAAGGUCUCAUGUGUAACGGAUCAUGUUGGAAGCCAAGAUACCACUGCAAAAUCGGCAGACUUAGAUGAUGAUGAAGGUGGAUUGACUUUAAAUGCUCACUCCAGAGCAUUGCUUAUGCAGAGGCUGGCUGGUGCUGACAUUUCUGCAAGCAUGGGUAUGCCUGUUGUGAAUGGCUCAGUUCCUGCUCAGCAGGCUGUUAGCUUACCUAUUGGUGCACCAGGUCUUCCAGCGCAAGUUAUGCCUACCCCAGUGGUAGAACCUGUAGGAAGCCCGAGCGAGUGUUUACUUUUAAAGAAUAUGUUUGAUCCUAGCACUGAGUCGGAACCAGAUUUUGAUAUAGACAUUAAAGAAGAUGUAGAGGAAGAGUGUUCUAAAUAUGGCCGGGUGAAGCAUAUUUUUGUUGACAAAAAAAGCGCAGGUUUUGUCUAUUUGCAAUUUGAAACAGUGGAAGCAGCGAGUGCUGCUCAACAUGCAAUGCACAUGAGAUGGUUUGCACGAAGGUUAAUUUCAGCAAUCUUCAUGCAACCACAAUUAUAUGAAUCCAAGUUUAAAGGGGAGUGAAGAAAAUUCAUACAUGCCUCGGGGCUCCUGAUGAUACAAUAUGCAUAAUUUUGAGGUCUUCAAUUUUCAUAAAAUUAAGCUCUAGUUUAUUUAGAUUUUGAUUCAUGAAUUGUAUUAGAUUACAGAGAUGGUAGUGUUAAUGUUGGCGAUAUUUAUGAUCAGUUUAACGUUGAGCAUGUCAAUGCAUUCUAAAAAUCUUUCAUACCGUUCAUCUUGUUGUGAAAUGUAGAAUAUCUUGUAUCUUUUAUUGGGCAUUAAUCAUUUA